CCGCACUAGUAGGCUAGGCUUGUCAUUUCUUGUGUUAAUACUUUCCCCCCAUAUACAAAUACAAAGGAUAAGAAGCAAGCAAAGCACAGAGAGAGAGAGAGAGAGAGAGAGAGCAAUUUCAAAAAGGUUUUAAAGAAGGGUUGUUGGCAAUUAACAAAAGCAGAACCAAACAACUGUCUGUUACACUGGCCUGUGACACAUGAUUUGCCAAGGGAAAAAGGUAUCGCUAGAAACAAGAAAAAAGUAAAAGGAGGUUUGCCCAAGUAAUUAUAGGCAUGAAAAGAAAACCAGACCAAUAUCUCUCUCUCUCUUCUCUCUCUAUUACAUUCACAGAUCUCUGCCCAAGUAAAAGGUUUGUAAGAAACAAGAAAAACCAAAACCCAGUUCCCAUCUUUCUUUGUUUUAUAUUUUUCUCCUUCCAUGUCCUGAGGCUAUGAUUGAGUGAACCAGACAAAGUUUCCUUACUGUCCCAUUUCUCUCUUACACCCACUAGCUCUACCCCUCCAUUUAUUCAUAUCUAUCUCCAAGCUCCAAGCUUUUUCUCUCUUUUGAUGACUUUUCUCCCACAUUUUCCUCUUGCUUUAAUUAGUGAUUAGACCCCAAGGAAAAUGCCCUUGUAAACCAUUGUUUGGUUGGCUUCUACUGUGACUCAUCUUUCCUGGAAACACGAGGGAAAGGGUCAGAAAAUAAGUACAACCAAACAAGAAAAAGAGAUACCCACCAAGUUACCAUCUUUAUUGCAUUCAUUUCUGGUUUCUUCAGCCUUCAGACUUCAGAGAGUAAAAUGAGGAAGAAUGGAUGGCAACUUCCUUAUCACCCUCUUCAGGUGGUGGCUGUUGCUGUAUUUUUGGCAUUGGGGUUUGCUUUCUAUGUGUUCUUUGCUCCAUUUGUUGGGAAGAAACUCUUUCAGUAUAUUGUGAUGGGACUCUACACUCCUCUUAUCACAUGUGUCUUCGGCCUAUAUGUUUGGUGUGCGGCAGCCGAUCCUGCAGACCCAGGAGUUUUUAGGUCCAAAAAAUAUCUAAAUAUUCCAGACCAUGAAAAGCAUUCACGACCAAAGGAUUCUAAAUUGGGUGGGGAAUCAACGUCUUCCAUACUUGAUGCUAAUACCACAACAGUUGGGGGAAAACCUAUGGAUAAAGAUGCAUUAGGCAAAGAUGCAACUAUGAAAGACCAUACUGCUGAAAUUGAGAAGAAUGCAUCACCAAAGAAUUCAUCUUGUCUCCUAUUGGUUUGCUCUCCUUGUGCUUUUAUCUGCAACAGCUGUGGUUCAAGUGAGGAGUCUUCUGAACAACAAAUGAGUGAAGAAGGCAUGUUCUAUUGCAGUUUGUGUGAAGUUGAGGUUUUCAAGUACAGCAAGCACUGUCGAGUUUGUGAUAAAUGUGUUGACCGUUUUGAUCAUCAUUGCAGGUGGCUCAACAACUGUAUAGGCAAAAAGAACUACCGGCAAUUUUUCACCCUCAUGGUUACUUCUCUCCUCUUGCUUAUUCUACAAUGGACGACUGGAAUCGUUGUGCUUAUCUGCUGUUUUCUUGAGAGGAAGCGGUUUUCUGCAGAUAUAUCUACCAAGUUAGGAAGCAGUUUCUCUCUGGUGCCCUUCAUUAUUGUAGUGGCAUUGUGCACCAUCUUGGCUAUGAUUGCUACACUACCACUAGCUCAGCUAUUCUUCUUUCACAUCCUCCUCAUAAAGAAGGGAAUUAGUACAUAUGAUUACAUCAUAGCUCUAAGGGAACAGGAGCAAGAGCAACAAGGAAUCGGAGUUCAGCAAAGCCCCCAAAUGUCUCCUGCCAGCUCACUCACUGGAUUAAGCAGUGCAAGCUCGUUUACAACUUUCCACCGUGGUGCAUGGUGCACACCUCCACGCUUGUUUCUUGAAGAUCAGUUUGAUGUAGUUCCUCCAGAAACUGGAUCUGUAAGUUCGUUAGGGAAAAGGAUGGGGGGAGAGGAAAUAAUUAAGAAAAAAAAUGCUGGAGCAGUAAAGAUCAGUCCAUGGACAUUAGCUCGAUUAAAUGCAGAAGAGGUUUCAAAGGCUGCCGCAGAGGCAAGAAAAAAAUCCAGAAUUUUGCAGCCCGUAAUAAGACGGGAUGCCCCUUUUGGUCUAGAACCUGACAGUAGCUUUGGCAGCAGUGGUCGCCGGAUGGUCCCAAGGCCUGACAAUAAUAGAAGGCGAGCUAAUAAGCGGGUGCGCCUCCCAGCUGACCUGCCUGUGGAGCCCCUGCCAACAGUUUCUGCUAAAGCACUUGACAAAGGUUUCAGUGAGACAUCAACUAGUUUGGCCCCUCUUCAGCUUGAAGCGCGUAGUGCUUUCCAAACAAGCCGAGCAAUGUCAAGCUCUGCUGGGAUUGUUGCUUCUUCACCUGAGAGCAGUUUAGACUCGCCUGAUAUUCACCCAUUCCGGGUCUCUUCCUCAGGACCUGAAGAGGCAAGGCAGCUCACAAGUCUGUCAGCUGCUGCUGCAGUUGCUCAGAGAGGACUCCCACUGUCAAGGUCAACUAGUGAUGGGUAUGAAGCUUCUGGUGGGGAAGAUAGUGACAGAGUUCCUUCUAGAAUUAUUCAAAGGUCAACAAACUGGAGUAACCUUCUCUUUGGUACAGAUCAUGAUGAGAGGGUUAUUAGACUGAAUGCUUCAUCUUCUAGCCAGGCUAACAAUAGAAAGCUUUGACCAAUUGUGAAUUGAUGACGUUUGGUUCAUUUUCAUCCAUUAAAGGGAAUAGUUCAACAUUCUUUCAUUUGUUGGCCAAGAUGUUUCAGGCACCAAGUGACCGUCGUCUGGUAUGCCAAAUUGAACUGGUGGGAUCCCCAAAACUGUGCUUAAUGCAGAAGACAUGUGUGAGGCUGUAGUUGUACAGAAAGUUUAGAAUUUGGGUCCCACCUAGAUGCAUAUAUUUUGUACUCUGCAUGAGCUUCAUUGAAGCCUGUGGUGGGCUUCAGGAAUUGACAAGAUGGUAAUUUUUGCUUUUUUACUGCAUAUGAUACUGGAUUUGUCAUCCUCUUGUGGUUUUUAUUAGAAAUGAAUUCCUCAUGGAUGGCUUCUGUUCAA